AUGGCCGACCACGCGCCCCCAGUCUACGUACAGGCGACGCGUCUUGUGCUGGACAUCGCCAAUGGCCGACAUGCGCUCUCCAAGGCCAUUCCCCCCCUCCUCCUUGCCCUGGACGCGAUCCUAUGCGGGCUGAUCAUUUGGAAGAUCCCUUACACGGAGAUCGACUGGGUCGCCUACAUGGAACAAGUCUCCCAAUUCGUCUCGGGCGAGCGCGACUACACCAAGAUCAAGGGCGGCACCGGGCCCCUCGUCUACCCUGCCGCCCACGUCUACACAUACACGGGUCUCUACUACCUCACCGACGAGGGCAAGAACAUUUUCCUGGCGCAGCAGCUCUUUGCCGUCCUGUACCUCGCGACCCUUGCGGUCGUCAUGGCGUGCUACUGGCAAGCCAAGGUCCCGCCGUACAUCUUCCCACUCCUGAUCCUCUCGAAGCGCCUACACAGCGUCUUCGUCCUGCGCUGCUUCAACGAUUGCUUUGCGACACUCUUCCUCUGGCUCGCCAUCUUCUUCUUCCAGAAGCGCCUGUGGACGCCCGGCGCCGUGCUGUACAGCUGGGGACUAGGCAUCAAGAUGUCGCUGCUGCUGGCCCUGCCUGCCGUCGGCGUCGUGCUGUUCCUCGGCCGCGGCUUCGGCGGCGCCCUGCGCGCGGCGUGGCUCAUGGCCCAGGUGCAGAUCGUCAUCGGCGUGCCCUUCUUCUCCCACAACGCCGCGGGCUACCUCGGCCGCGCGUUUGAGCUGUCGCGGCAGUUCUUCUUCAAGUGGACGGUCAAUUGGCGCUUCGUGGGCGAGGAGACGUUCCUCGGCAAGCCGUUUUCUAUUGCGCUACUGGCACUGCAUCUAUCCGCCCUGCUCUUGUUCGCCGUCACCCGCUGGCUCAACCCGGCGCAGCGGCCCCUGUCGUCGCUGGUCCCGGCCAUGCUGCGGGGCCAGUCGCCCUUCUCGGCGCUCGAAGAGGCCCAGGUGGCCAGCCGUGUGACGCCGCGCUACGUCCUCACGACGAUCCUGUCGGCCAACGUCAUGGGGCUCCUCUUCGCCCGGUCCCUGCACUACCAGUUCUACGCCUAUCUAGCCUGGUCGACGCCGUACCUCCUCUGGCGCAGCGGCCUCCCCGUCUACGUCGUCUACAUUCUCUGGGCGGCGCAGGAGUGGGCAUGGAACGUGUACCCCAGCACCGACAUGAGCUCGGAGUUCGUCGUGGGCGUCAUGGCGGUCACGGUGGCGGCGACGUGGUUCGGCACGGCGGACGAGGGGGUUCCGGCCGAGAAGCCCGCGUCAAAGAAGAAAUGA